AUGGAGAUAGAGGACGCAGCAUCAUUAUCGCCACCGAAGAUAGCAAAGGAGAAUUGUACAUCGCGGUGCGGAGGUGUUAGCAUCCCAUACCCUUUUGGGAUUGGACCUAAAAGCCAUUGUUAUUUUGACGAGUGGUACGAAUUAGAAUGCAACCUUUCUGAUCCAGUAGCGAAGCCGUUCUUGAAGGGUCUACAACUGGAGGUGCUGACUAUUUUUGUUGAAAACUCCACGCUUCAGGUUACAAGCCCUAUCACUUACUUUAGCUGCAAGGGGAAGCAAUCUCGGCCAGCGGCAAAUCUGACGGGAAGCCCUUUUCAGUACUCUGUUUUUAACAGUUUCGUUGCAGUCAGUUGUGGCUUCCUUGUCUCGGUUCUCUCAGGUUCAAAUCAUACUCUUGGUGGGUGCACAUCGACGUGUGGAUCAGAUCGAAGCAGAGGCUUGUGUUUCGUUGGCGACAACUGUUGCGAGAUUGUGAUUUCUACAGAUCUUAUUGCUAAUUUCAGUGCUUUCAGACAAGAACAAGAUGAAGUAAGAACAAAUGCGACGGAUUGCGAGGACUGUGCAUUCCUGGUUUACGAUAAAUGGUUUGAUAACAAUGUAUCAGACUCUGACGGAUUAGACUUAACAGCUAUAAAGGGUAUGGAAGUCGUUCCCGUCGAGUUAGAGUGGAGCUUAAGCUUAGCAAAAAAUAACUCAUUAAUCAAAUCAUUUGAAGCACUCGACCGCUUCCCAGAAGUGAGGAGGCCGAAUGACCCAACACCCUCAUGCAUAGUUAGUUUCGAUGAUAGUUCGUUUCGAUGGUAUCAAUGUAGUUGUCCGGCAGGCUUUCAAGGAAAUCCCUACCUUCUCCGACCUUGUCAAGAUAUUGAUGAAUGCAAGGAUACUAACCCAUGCGUGGGUUCCGAUCUUAAUACCACUAAUAUAUGGAAUAUUAGUGAUGCGAAAUGUCAGAACACUAUCGGGGGUCAUGCUUGCUACUCAAAUAGAACGGGGCAAACCUGCGAAUUGUUUGGCGAGAAUACCAAAGCUAGGUGCUUUUAUACAAGCAGACAUCACUCUCAGCUCAAACCUAUUCUCUCUGGUCUUGGUGCUAGUAUUGGAUUAUUGGUAUUUCUUAGUGCUGCAUGGUUGGUAUACAAAGUUGCAAAGAAAUGGAAGAGCACUAAACGUAAGGAGAUGUUUUAUAAACAAAAUGGUGGUUUAUUGUUAGAACAACAAUUAUCAUCAAGUGAAAUUAAUGUCGAGAGAAUCAAAGUAUUCAAAUCCAAGGAGUUACAGAGUUCUACAGACAAUUUCAAUGUUGAUAGAAUUAUUGGCCAAGGGGGACAAGGUACUGUAUAUAAAGGCAUGUUGACGGAUGGAAGAAUUGUGGCUGUUAAAAAAUCCAAAAUGAUAGAUAAUGCAAAUCUUUCAGAAUUCAUCAAUGAGGUUGUCAUUCUUUCCCAAAUCAACCAUAGAAACAUCGUUCAACUCUUGGGUUGUUGUUUGGAGACGGAAGUUCCUCUUUUGGUAUAUGAAUUUAUCCCUAAUGGAAACUUGUUUCAGUAUAUUCAUGGGCAGACCAAAGAGUUUCCACUUACAUGGGAGAUUCGUUUACGAAUUGCUACAGAAAUUGCAGGAGCUCUUUCCUACUUACAUACAUCAGCUUCGUUUCCCAUUUAUCACAGAGACAUCAAGUCCACGAACAUACUCUUAGAUGACAAAUACAGAGCAAAAAUUGCAGACUUUGGAACUUCAAGAUUAGUUGCCAUUGACCAAACUCACCUGACCACAAAUGUACAUGGCACAUUUGGUUAUUUGGAUCCUGAGUACUACCAAUCCAGCCAAUUUACUGAGAAAAGUGAUGUCUACAGCUUUGGAGUGGUGCUUGUUGAGCUCUUGACCGGAAAAAAACCAAUAACAAGGUCAGCCGAAGACGAAAUGUACAAAAGUCUUGCCACAUAUUUUAUUAUUUCACUGCAGGAAGACUCUCUAUUUGACAUUCUUGAUGCUCGCGUUGUGAAUGAAGGCUCUAAAGAUGGUAUUAUGGUAGUCGCUACUCUUGCAAAACGAUGUUUAAAUCUGAAUGGAAGAAAGCGCCCCACGAUGAGAGAGAUCACAGCAGAGUUGGAGGCCGUCCAAUUAUCGGAGAAACUUGCCAACGCUCAUCAACAAAGUUGUGAAAGGUUUGAAUUUGGCCAAGAUUAUCGAAUCGAGCAGGGGGAUGACGUUGUUUCUAGUUCAACAAUGUCAACUUGGGAAGGUGCUCCACCUCCAUCAUCAGUUGAACUUCCACUACUGUAA